AGAGCAAUGAGUGAGAGUGUUACCCUCGUCAUCCCCAACCCUUUCUUAUUAUACUACUAACUCUCCAAAACGUGCUCUCCAAAAACGCAAUGGACCCAUGGCUCGACGAUCUCGCCGACGACCUCCAAAGCCUGAGUUUCGCCUCCACCGCCACCACCACCGCCGACAUCAAACGAAGCACCAGCUUCGGCUCCGAAACCACCACGCUAACCGCCUCCACCUCCGCGCACUUAGGAACGAGAUCGCUAAACAAACCCCACGCGCCCUCGUCGGACCCUCGCUGGGCCGCCAUCCAUCGGAUCCGAUCAGAGUCCCCGAGCCGCCGCAUCCUCCCCUCCGACCUCCGCUUCUCUCGCCGCCUCGGCUCCGGCGACAUAAGCUCCGUCUAUCUCGCGGAGCUCAACGACGGUUCUCUGUCUGUGAUGUUCGCGGCGAAGGUGAUGGACAAGAGGGAGCUAGCGAGCCGUAGCAAGGAGGGAAGAGCCAAAACCGAAAGAGAAAUUCUCGAAUUGCUUGACCAUCCCUUCUUGCCCACACUCUACGCCACCAUCGACGCCGCCAAAUGGCUCUGCCUCCUCACGGAGUUUUGCCCCGGCGGUGACCUCCACGUUCUCCGUCAACGCCAACCUAACAAACGCUUCCCCGAACCCGCCGUCAGGUUCUACGCAUCAGAGGUGUUAGUGGCACUUGAAUACCUUCACAUGUUGGGCAUAGUGUACCGUGAUCUGAAGCCCGAGAACGUGCUAGUUCGAUCAGACGGCCACAUCAUGCUUACCGAUUUUGACCUCUCGUUAAAAUGUGAUGAUUCCACACCAGCGGCCCAGAUCAUCUCGGAUCAAAAGUCUCCUCGCGUGGCCCCACAUAAGGAUCCUCACGUGGAACCCUCUCAAUUCACCUCGUCUUCCUGCAUAAUACCCAACUGUAUAGUGCCCGCAGUGUCGUGUUUCCACCCAAAACGCAAGCGAAAGAAGAAGCAAAAGCAACAUAACGGGCCUGAGUUUGUAGCCGAGCCCAUUGAUGUCCGAUCCAUGUCAUUCGUGGGGACCCACGAGUACUUGGCUCCUGAAAUCGUGUCUGGGGAGGGCCACGGUAGUGCAGUGGACUGGUGGACGUUAGGGGUAUUUAUAUUUGAAUUGUUUUAUGGUGUCACACCCUUUAGGGGCAUGGACAACGAGUUAACUCUAGCAAACAUUGUGGCUCGAGCCUUGGAGUUCCCAAAGGAACCCACCGUGCCAGCCACGGCAAAAGACCUCAUCUCACAGUUAUUGGUUAAGGACCCGGCAAGAAGACUGGGGUCAACAAUGGGGGCUUCCGCGAUCAAGCACCACCCCUUUUUUCAAGGUGUCAAUUGGGCAUUACUAAGAUGUACACCUCCUCCCUUCGUGCCCCCACCUUAUAUUAAAGAAGCUGUAUCUGAUGAAACUUGUCCGCAGACUCCAAUUGAUUACUAUUGAUGGUGGUAGGAGGAGAAAAAAGUACAGUUAAUAAAAUAGUUCCACGAAA